UAAAAUCCGAAAAGACAGAUAAAGUAACGGGCGGAGGUAGACAAAAGAGAACGAAAAACAGAACAUAGAUUCGUUUCUUCGUCUUCCUUUGUAAUUCUAGAAUCUAAAAAGAGAAACUUUUUUAAAUCUAAACAGAGAAGAAGGUAGAAUGGCAAGACCCAACAACAAACACACUACCAUUAACUACAGCCACAUCCUCCAAAAGGAUCCAUCUUCUUCCUCCCCUGCUUCUUAUUCCUCGGUUGCUCGUUCCAAUGGCCGCAUGCUCGUCCUCACCAAACCUUCCCCCAAGCCCCUCAAAUCUUCCGUCACUACGCCUCCUCCGAAGACUCCGGAUCAACCCAUCUCUGAUCCAGAUCCGAAUCAGAUCUCUCUCCGUCCCUUAGGUCACACCGGACCUGGUUCCUCGCUUUCGUUUCCUGCUCGGACCUCGGAACCGGAUAAAACCGUAGCUGCUCCGGCUCCGUUGUCCGUUUCCCCGAAGCCUGACCGGUUUGUCCCUCCGCAUCUUAGGCCAGGGUUUGUUCGGAAAGUCGAGAAACCUGGACUCGCUUCUUCUUCGAUUCCGGGAUUGCCUCACCAGGAACAGCAACAGCCGUGGCAGGGGUAUUCCGAGUAUGGACACACCGGGCGACCCAAAUCGGGCGGGUAUAUUCGAUCCGAUCCAGAAUACUUGGGUCGACCAAGGUCUAGCGGGAACCGACCCGGCACCUCUGGAUGAUGAUAAUGAGCUUGAUGAGUUGAUGUUUAGUUACUCGAUGAUGGAGAUCGAAACUACCUCUAUUUCCGUGUUAACAUUCCACUCUCAAGGAGGAUUUUAAACAGUGACUUUUAGUUUCUCAGCUCUUUUGAUCAUUUAUCAAAGACCACCCAAGAUUCAGUAGAUUUGUAGAAGAUGUUGUUUAGGAGAGUGAUACUAUCAUAGACAAGGCCUGACACCAUAACACUUAUGUUACUUUUCUCACUUACAACACUUGUAUUUCAAAACUUUGUUUAUGUACCUAUAAUUCUAUCUAGCACAUGUUGUUUAUUCUAAA